UUAGCUGGCACACAUCAACAGAGUGUGUUUCGCCUUAACCAUUGCUCAGUGUCAGAUAAAUAGGACGCUCUGGUUGUUGUGACUCCUCCUGACCAUCUUUCAAGACAUUCAGCAAAUCCAUCCAAAGGUCUUCAAGGUCCUGCUCAUUCACUUAAUCUUGGAGUCUCCUUGAGUCUUGAUGUGAGUUUUCCUCAACAGGAGAAUUCUCAUUGCCAAACUCCCAUAAAGCUUUGACUGAUAAAAUGAAAAAAGGUAACGGACCUCCUCCAGAUACUGAAGGUACUUCAGAAAUUCCAGAUAUCCCAGCGCCACCAUAUCCUGGCCCGCCUUUGGACCCCAGUGUGCUCACCAGUCAGCCUAAUCCUGUUGGUCAUCCUGCUGCUCAGAAUAAUGCUCAGUACGACAACCAGCCAGUGUCCAAGUUUGUUCAUCAGGAACAUUCCCAGGAUGUUAAUCAGAAGAAUCCUCAGCCUGUUGAUCAGGAAAGUGCACAGCCAGUUCCUCAGCAAUACCCCGAACCUGGAGCUCAGCAAUACCCCCAACCUGGAGCUCAACAAUACCCCCAACCUGGAGUUCAGCAAUACCCUCAACCUGGAGCUCAGCAAUACCCCCAACCUGGAGCUCAACAAUAUCCCCAACCUGGAGUUCAGCAAUACCCUCAACCUGAAGCUCAGCAAUAUCCCCAACCUGGAGCUCAACAAUAUCCCCAACCUGGAGUUCAGCAAUACCCCCAACCUGGAGCUCAGCAAUACCCCCAACCUGGAGUUCAGCAAUACCCCCAACCUGGAGCUCAACAAUACCCCCAACCUGGAAUUCAGCAAUAUCCCCAACCUGCUCAGCAACCAGUUGUGCAGAAUAUUGCCACAAUACAACAAAAUCAGCCUCUUCACUCAGGUAACCAGGUGUUCUUGGUGCAACACUUGCCUACUGACGUUGCUGGAAGUAUGCUUUGUCCGCAUUGCAAGAACACUGUUGUGACUUCGGUUGAAUACAAAGUGGGCAUGCUAACCUGGAUCAUUUUUGGAGUGCUGUUUUUGUUUUUCUGCUGGCCGUGCAGUUUCAUUCCCUUCUGCGUGAAUUCUUGCAAGGAUGUCCAGCAUUCCUGCCCACAGUGUAACAACGUCCUGCACCUCUACAAACGGAGGUGAAAUCCAUCAGUGCCUGACACGUAUGCUGGACAUCCAUUAAGAUGGACUGUAAAUACAUUUAUUCAGUUUUCCUGAUGUCUUUUAUUAAGCUGUUAAAACGUGA